CCAUGAAUUGAGACAUUGAUGAUCUAGUGCAAUCAAGGAGGGUGGGUUGAUAGUGUUCGCACGCGAUGCCUGCCUAUAUGUGCAGGAAGAAGAUCUAUUAGAGGCAUCACCAUUCCACCUCCCCUUCCUUAUCUCCUUCCCCGUAGCUUUGGCCUCCGCCACCAUGCUGCCGUUCGCAAGCAUCAGCGAGGCGGAGGCGGCACUUGGGAGGAACCUGACUUCGGCGGAGACGGUUUGGUUCCGGUACUCUGCCGGGAUGCAUGACUUCUGGCUCUACGCCCACAACAUCGUCUUCAUCCUCCUGGUCUACACUCUGGCGCCGCUCCCCGUGGCCUUGGUGGAGCUGAUGCGCCCCAAGGCCAUCCACAGGUACAAGCUCCAGCCGAAGAUCCACGUCCCCGUCGCCGACGUCCUCAGGUGUUACAGGAACGUCGUCAAGACCUUCGUCUUUGCCGUCGGUCCUCUGCAGCUCUUCUCCUUCCCCACCAUCAAGUGGUGGGGGAUUCGGUUGGGGCUGCCGCUGCCCUCGGCGUGGGAGGUGGCGGCGCAGCUGGGCGUGUACUUCGUGGUGGAGGACUACUUCAACUACUGGCUCCACCGGGCGCUGCACUGCCGGUGGGGCUACGAGCACGUCCACAGGGUGCACCACGAGUUCACGGCGCCCAUCGGGUUCGCGGCGCCGUACGCCCACUGGGCCGAGGUCCUCAUCCUGGGGCUGCCCGCCUUCCUCGGCCCCGCCAUCGCCCCCGGCCACAUCCUCACCUUUUGGCUCUGGUUCGUGCUCCGCCACAUCGAAGCCAUCGAGAUACACUGCGGCUACGACUUCCCUCGAACCCCUACCAAGUACAUCCCGUUCUACGGAGGAGCAGAGUUCCAUGAUUACCAUCACUACGUAGGAGGGCAGAGUCACAGCAACUUUGCAUCGGUCUUCACCUACUGUGACUACAUAUAUGGGACUGAUAAGGGCUACAGAUAUCACAAAGCAGUGUCUGUGAAGCAGCUGAGGAGGCAGAGUGAUGCAGAUAAGCAGCAUGGGGAAAUGACGGACAUGAGUGGCAAGCGCGAUUAAGAAGGAUGGCUUACCUUUGCUCCUCUGCUCCCAUGCAAAAAAAAGCUGUGUGUUCGUAGCAGCAUGUUGAUAUCGAGGGAAGCUUUUGCACUCAGGAAGUGAGCUUUCGCUGGUGAUUUUACAGUUCAUGAUGAACACUACUUAUGCUAACGUUUGUUUUGUGGCAGUGAUUGGAAUGCAUGUAGCAAUGAACACUCUACUCGGGUUUUCUUGCAAAGUUUGAUUAUUAAGCAUA